AUGGACUAUUCUCAAGAAAACAAUCAGAAUCAUACAAAUCUUCCUGCAUCGAUAACUGUCAACGUUGAAGUCAUUCCUCAUAAACAAGAAACUGUUAUUAUUUCCACGGAAGAAGCUCGAAAUAUGUUGAAUUUGGAACAAAUAAAAGGCAAGGAUAAAUACCUGGAACCUGCAGAAAUAAUCGUUGACCCUCUAGAAUGCGAUGGUAGAUCAGAUGCAACUCUACUAUCUCUCCCUAUAGAGCCAGAAGUUAGUACUGGUGUACAUUUCCUUACCGAUGAAGAUUCAUCGAAAAGUGAAGAAAACUAUGAAAGAAAAAAGUACGAGUUUUUGGAAUACAUGCCCCAAGGAGAUGGAAGUGUUGUUUGCAAACGUUGCGGAGAAGUUCUUGCGUCGAGAACUCACUGGUACAGGCAUAAAUAUAAAUUCCACGUGACCAGUUUCGGAAAUCCUUCGCCUCUUUUUAAGUGUGACCUUUGCAAUGUCUUCUUCAAAAGCAGAAAAGGCUACAUGGGUCACUAUGCUACAAGACACACGGAAUCGAAGAUUAAUGAAAUAACAGAAUCAAUUCAGGUAUUCUCAACUACUAAAGAAGAACUUCCAGAAGAAGUAAUCAUGGAAACACCACCAGCAGUUAUAUCUAAUACAGGGGUCGUCAAAAAACGAUUUACAGAUAAGACUGGGAAUUGGGAAGAGCAACGGAUGAAAGAAGAAAAACUUGUAGCAGAUAUUAUUAAUAGGGUCAAAAGGGAAUGUGAAGCUCAAGGAGCAGUGGUAACAAGAAAAGGCUAUAGCCGAAGAACUACUUCGGUGAUGAACUCACAGGCUUUUUAAAAAAUCAACUAUAUCUAAAAAAGACUGAUGUCAAUAUUUAGCUCUGUGGGAAAAAUGCAACGUAGGUGCCAAAUGAUAUUUUUUGCCAAAAAAUUGUAUUACGUUGGAAAUAAUAUAAUAAUUAUUCUUCUUCCUAUUUAUACAAGAACAAUAUCUUAUAUACUUCCAUUAGAUUUUUAUUGAAUUUAUUGUACAAUUUAUGUUUUUUAAUUAUAAUUUUAGAUACCUGUAAUGGAAUAUGAAAGUCCAUUCAAAUCGGAUCUUAUUUACCUUAUAGUCUGUCGAUUUUAAUCUGAUACUCCAAAGGAAUUAAUAUGAGCUGGUGGCUCUCUACAUUAGAACUCCAGUGGUUACCUGACUCACACCUGUUUUUGCCAUAUGAAACACCCCCUCGUUCUUCAUACGGAAAGUGUCAGAUUAAAAACGACGGACUUUUUAUUAUUAAUUAUACAGUUUUAUAUACGUAACUCUUAGUCUAUAAUAUAGUAGCUCAAUAAGUUUUACUCAAUUAAAUUCUUGUCUUCGAAAAUAUUAUCUAGGGUAAAAUCAAAAACGUUGUGCCAAAAUUCUUGCCAAAUUGUAAAAAAAUGUACAUUAGUAAAUCUCAUAUAAGAUACAUAUAUUUUUACUGUAUAAAUAAAUAGCGUUAUUCCACUUGGAAUUAGAAGCUCAUUAAUAUGUUAUUAAUCAUUUGCUCAAUAUUUUCCUUUUAGGUCGUUUUUGUUACUAAGCUUAUUCGCCGGUAUUUUAAUCCUUUAUAUUUUGACUGUGAUGUAAAAAUAGUGAUGUUCAAGAUGUUAGAAUUAUAUUCUAAAACCAUUUAUGAUAUUUUCCUAUUUAUUGCAAUUUUUUUGAUGGGCAAUAAUUUCAACCAGAAAUUUCAUCUUAAGAUUUUUACAUUUCAAUUAUUGUUAUUUUGUGUUUUAUAAUAAUGUAGAUACUUUUGUCGUUUUUUAUAUUAUAAAUACACUUUAUCAAUGUGAAACCAGUGAGUGAUAUUAGAUUAAAGUUAUUAUGUUUUUUA